UCUUUGUGAUUAUGAUUAUGCAUCACGAAUCCUUAAUGAUUAGGAUACCAUCAACGACGUUGCCAAGUUUAAUGCUUUAUGGGGUGUACCCAAGUCAAUUCCAUUCCCAUCAUUUCCAUUUCCAAAAUUUCAAAACCAUCACACACAUUUAUAUACCACUUCCCAUUACGAAACCGAAUUUUCUCUCAUUUUCCCGGAAAAUGCUAACAACAACAUCACCAACCUGAAAAUCAACCCAAAACCCCUCUUAUCACCAACCCAAAGCCUGAAAUCAGAGAUGAAGAGAGGGAAAAUAGGAAAGUUUGAUACUUUCGUGUCAUUGAGCAGGCAACGAUCCAUUCAGAUUCUCAUCGCCAUUGCGCUCUUGUACGCGCUCUUAUUCACGCUCGAAAUCCCCUUCGUCUCCAGAAAAGCCAACGAGGACAACUCGGAGCAACGCGAACGAGUUUCGCACAACGCGCAACCACCGAGUCACCGUUACGUUUCCGGGUUGAUCUUCGGCGACACCGUAUUUGAUUCGGAGCUCUAUAAAUCCGCAAUCCGAGCAGGGAAGACUGUUUGGGAGGAGCUGAAAUCGGUGAACCCGCGAACCGUCGUCGAGAAGCCCGAAAACCAAUCCGGGUCGUGCCCGCGAUCGGUUUCGGUAUCCGGGUCGGAGUUUUUGGCCCGCGGGAGUGUUAUGAUGAUUCCGUGUGGGCUCACGUUGGGGUCCCACAUAACGGUCGUUGGGAAACCGUUGGCGGCGCAACGAAAGGUGUCUCAGUUCAUGAUGGAGUUGCAAGGGUUGAAGACGGUGGAGAGGGAGGAACCACCUAGGAUCUUGCAUUUUAAUCCGAGGUUGAAGGGUGAUUGGAGUGGGAAGCCUGUGAUUGAGCUUAACACAUGUUACAGGAUGCAUUGGGGUUCUUCGUUGCGCUGUAAUGGUUGGAAAUCCAGGGCUGAUGAAGACACUGUUGAUGGGCUGGUGAAGUGUGAGAAGUGGAUUGAGGGCGAUGAUAGGCAUGCAGAGGAGUCUAAGGCUGCAUGGUGGUUGAAGAGACUGAUAGGCCGGACAAAAAGAGUAACAGUUGACUGGCCAUUCCCAUUCUCAGAGAACAAGUUAUUUGUUCUUACUCUUAGUGCUGGAUUGGAGGGCUAUCAUAUUAAUAUUGAUGGGAGGCACGUGACCUCUUUUCCUUAUCGCACUGGCUUUACUCUUGAGGAUGCCACUGGACUUACUUUGAGUGGGGACAUUGAUGUCCACUCUAUAUUUGCCGCCUCUUUGCCAACAUCACAUCCAAGUAUUUCCCCUGAGCAGCUUCUUGAAUUUUCAACCAGAUGGUGUGCCCCAACACUUCCUGAAUCUGGCGUGGAAUUGUUCAUUGGCAUCCUCUCAGCUGGAAACCAUUUUGCUGAGCGGAUGGCUGUAAGGAAGUCAUGGAUGCAGCAUAGCCUUAUCAAAUCUUCAAUAGCGGUGGCUCGUUUCUUUGUAGCACUGCACCCGAGAAAAGAAGUUAAUGUAGAAUUGAUGAAGGAAGCAGAAUUUUUUGGUGAUAUUGUUAUAGUGCCUUACAUGGAUAACUAUGAUCUUGUUGUAUUGAAAACAGUGGCCAUAUGUGAAUAUGGGGUUCGCACAGUUUCUGCCGAGUAUAUCAUGAAGGGUGAUGAUGACACUUUUGUCCGGGUGGAUGCUGUUAUAAAUGCAGCAAGGAACGUUCUGAAUUCUGUAAGCUUCUAUAUUGGAAACAUAAAUUACCGCCACAAACCUUUGCGCCAUGGUAAAUGGGCUGUGACAUACGAGGAGUGGCCACAGGAGGAUUAUCCACCCUAUGCUAAUGGACCGGGUUAUAUUUUAUCUUCUGACAUUGCACGCUACAUUGUAUCUGAAUUUGAGAUGCAUAACUUAAGGUUGUUUAAGAUGGAAGAUGUAAGUGUGGGAAUGUGGGUAGAGCAAUUUAGCAGCAGGAAACCAGUACAAUAUUUGCAUACCUUGAAGUUCUGCCAGUUUGGUUGCAUCGAAAACUAUUACACAGCUCAUUACCAAUCACCUAGGCAGAUGAUGUGCCUGUGGGAUAAAUUAGAGAGGGAAACAAGGCCUCAGUGUUGCAACAUGAGAUAAUGAUGAGGUAUAAGUUGCCAUGAAAACAAGUUUUGCAGUCAUAGCUUAGGUUCGAAUAUGUGUAUAUACGAUGGACCUUGGAUAUAGUUUAAACGUAUCCAUGUAUAAAUGGCCUUUUA